CAAUCAAGAACUGCAAUGGCUAGUAGGAACCCUAUAGGCAAUGAGAGAUCAGAAAGAAAAGAUUAUGAGUUUGAUGAAGAAGAGAAUAUGAUCAGGAAGAGAUCAGAAGUUGAUCAUGAUGGAAGAGUGGUACUGGCAGAGGAAGCAUUAAUCAACGACACGAAGGUGCCACCAUGGACGAAGCAAAUAACAAUAAGGUCAAUGGCAACAAGCUUCGCGUUGAGCGUUAUCUUUAAUGUGAUUGUGUGCAAGCUUAACCUAACAACAGGUGUGAUACCUUCGCUUAAUGUGGCGGCUGGAUUGUUGGGUUUCGCCGUGGUGAAGGCCUACACGGCCCUGAUCAGUAAAUGUGGCCUCUUGACGCAACCAUUCACUAUGCAAGAAAAUACGGUCAUCCAAACAUGCGUUGUUGCUUCCUCUGGAAUCGCGUUCAGCAGUGGAACUGCAAGUUAUGUGCUCGGUAUGAGUCCAUUUAUAGCUGCCAAUGUCGAUGGAGCGAACACACCGAGAAACGUCAAGCAUCUAUCUGUUGGUUGGAUGAUUGGGUUCCUCCUUUCUGUGAGCUUUGUUGGCUUGUUCUCUAUUGUGCCCCUAAGAAAGAUGAUGAUCCUAAAGUACAAGUUAAGCUACCCAAGUGGGAACGCCACUGCAUACCUCAUCAACAGCUUCCACACACCCAGAGGAGCCAAGCUGGCAACGAAACAGGUUGCUGUGCUGUUUAAAAGCUUCUGCUUUAGCUUUGUGUUUGCCUUUUUCCAAUGGUUUUACACUGCUGCUGAGGGAUGUGGGUUUUCAAGCUUCCCUACAUUUGGUCUCCAAGCCUAUAAACAGAGGUUCUACCUUGAUUUCUCCUCGACUUACGUGGGUGUUGGAAUGAUUUGUCCUUACAUGGUGAAUAUAUCUUUGCUUAUUGGAGCCGUAGUAUCAUGGGGGGUCAUGUGGCCAUUGAUUGAGCUUAAGAAAGGUGUUUGGUAUAGUGCUGAACUGUCCGAGAGCAAUCUCCAUGGAAUUCAAGGAUAUAGGGUUUUUAUUGCCAUUUCCAUGAUGCUGGGUGACGGUCUUUUCCACUUUGUCUACAUGCUAAUCAAAACUAUAUGCAGUCUUGCAACGCAUAAAUCUGAGAAUAAAGAAUCAUCUUCCAUUAUCCCUGAAAUUUCGGAAAAGUCACCAGAUUCUGCGAUUGCAAACUACAAUGAGCAACGACGAAUUAAAUUUUUCUUGGAAGAUCAGAUUCCCAAUCCGGUAGCCAUGCUUGGUUAUCUUAUCCUUGCAGCCAUAUCCAUUAUUGUUGUCCCAUUCAUCUUCCAUCAAUUGAAGUGGUAUCAUAUAUUGGUUGCUUAUGUCAUAGCCCCAAUUUUGGCCUUCUGCAAUGCCUAUGGCUGCGGUCUUACUGACUGGUCUCUUGCCUCCAACUAUGGCAAAGUUGCUAUCAUCAUUUUCAGUUCUUGGGUUGGCCUUGAAAAUGGAGGAGUUGUUGCUGGUCUUGCCUCUUGUGGAGUGAUGAUGAGUAUUGUUUCUACAGCUUCUGAUCUCAUGCAGGACUUUAAGACUGGAUAUCUGACUUUGGCGUCUCCUCGCUCCAUGUUCCUUAGCCAGGUUUUUGGUACAGCCAUGGGUUGCGUCAUGUCUCCUUUGGUCUUCUGGUUUUUCUACAAAGCAUAUCCUAUUGGAGACCCAGAUGGACCGUAUCCCGCACCAUACGCAGCAAUGUACCGUGGGAUUGCCCUUCUUGGAGUUGAGGGUUUGGAUUCCCUUCCCAAGAAUUGUGUCAAACUUGCUAUCACAUUCUUCUUUGCUGCUAUGGCACUAAAUAUACUUGGUGAGCUGCUGAAGCAUUGUGAAAAGAAGUAUAAGAUAUAUAGGUUUGUUCCAAGCCCAAUGUGCAUGGCCAUCCCAUUCUAUCUUGGUGGUUACUUCGCCAUUGACAUGGGUCUUGGGAGCUUGAUUCUUUUCUUGUGGGAGCAGAAGAACAAGCAAAAGGCCAAAGACUUUGGCCCUGCUGUGGCAUCUGGCCUCAUAUGUGGUGAUUCUUUGUGGGGAAUUCCAGCCGCUAUACUUGCUCUUGCUGGUGUUGAAGCUCCUCUUUGUAUGAAGUUCUUGUCUGCCGCUGUCAAUAAAAAGGUUGAUGCCUUUCUGGGUAACUAA